AUGUCUUCAGUCUCAGCUUUUUACAAUGGCAAGACCAUACUUAUCACAGGAGCUACGGGGUUCAUGGGCAAAGUGCUGGUGGAAAAGCUUCUGCGCUCCAGCCCUGAAGUGAAAGCAGUUUAUAUACUUGUCAGGCCAAAGGCUGGGCAAUCAAUGCAAGAAAGAGUGGCCAACAUGUUGAAAUGCAAGGUCUUUGACAGGGUCCGAGAAGACUGCCCUAAUUUCCAUGAGAAGAUUAAGCCUAUUAAUGCUGAACUCACUCAGCCCAAGCUAGCCAUCAGUGCUGAAGAUGAGGAGGAGCUUCUGACCCGGGUCAAUAUUGUCUUCCACUGUGCAGCAACAGUUCGCUUUGAUGAACCCCUGAAACACGCCCUGCAGCUGAACGCCAUGGGCACACAGCGGCUGCUGGAGCUGGCGCGGCAGAUGCAGAACCUCGAGGCCUUCAUCCACAUCUCCACCGCCUAUGCAAACUGCGUCCGGAAGUGCAUAGAUGAGGUCAUCUACCCACCCCCAGCCGAACCCAAGAAGCUCUUCGAUUUAGUAGAGUGGUUGGAUGAAUCUAUCAUUCAAGACAUCACACCCAAGCUACUUGGGGCCUGGCCCAACACUUACACCUACACCAAAGCCUUGUCAGAAUACCUGAUUCAGCAAGAGAGAGGAAAUUUGAACAUUGCUAUCAUCAGGCCAUCCAUCGUGGGAGCUAGCUGGCAUGAGCCUUUCCCUGGUUGGAUUGACAGCUUCAAUGGGACAAGUGGAAUAUUUGUUGCGGCGGGCAAAGGGAUUCUGCGGACCGUGAUCGCCAACAAUGAAGCGGUGGCAGAUAUGAUUCCAGUAGACGUCGCCAUCAACCUCACCCUUGCGGCUGGGUGGUACAUCGCUGUGCACAGACCAAAAAACACUUUAGUGUUCAACUGCACAACAGGUGGAAUCAACCCUUUCUUCUGGGGAGAAAUGGGUAAGCGGUACGUCAUGUCCACGUUCAAGAGGAACCCCCUGGAGCAGGCCUUCCGGACGCCCAACACGCACCUGACGUCCAACUACCUGAUAAACCAGUACUGGGUAACCGUCAGCCACAAGGUGCCUGCCAUACUCUACGACCUGUACAUGAGGCUCACGGGGAGAAAGCCCAGAAUGAUGAAGAUUAUUAAUCGACUGCACAAGUCCAUGAUGCUCCUGCAGUAUUUUUCCACCCAGUCUUGGGACUGGUCUUCAGAUAAUAUGAAUAUGUUAAUGAGUCACCUUAACACAGAGGACAAAAAGUUAUACAACUUCGACGUUCGUCAGCUGCACUGGUCAGAAUACAUUGAAAGCUACUGCCUAGGUGCUAAGAAGUACUUGCUGAAUGAGGACAUGGCUGGCAUCCCAGCAGCAAAGCAGCACUUACGAAAGCUGAGGAACAUCCGAUACGCAUUCAACACCACCCUUCUUGUGCUCAUCUGGCGCAUUUUCAUUGCAAGGUCACAGAUGGCUCGAAACAUCUGGUACUUUGUGGUGAGCCUCUGCUACAAGUUCCUUUCCUACUUCAGGGCAUCCAGCACCCUCAGGCACUGAAGCCGUCC